GGGCCGCCACUCGAUCGACGUUUCUUGGCGAUGAUAGACGCGUCUCGGCGCGGUUUGGUUUGAUUCGGUUCGGUUCGGCUCGGUUCGGUUUGGAUUGGAUUCGAUUAGGUCGGCUCUUGCUGUACGAUUGAGUGCUCCAACGUGUCGCCAAUAGAACCGAUUUGUCAGGACACCCUCCUCACUGGCGGGCAAUGUGUGUUGCUGGUGCCUUCGAGUUGGCCAUAUAAUUGCUGUCGGAGAUCACGCCCAAUGGAGUCAGGAGCCGCCCCAGGAGGGGAUGUGGAUGCACCCGGCGACCUGAACACCACCAACCAGGCGACUCAGGCGACCCAGGCCACCCAAAUCACCUCCAUCGAUGGGUUCUUCAAUCGGAAACGGGGCCGUCCGCCCAAGAACCGUUUUGUGGAGGUCUACAAGAGCGCUCAGCAUUCGCCCCAGGCCAUCUUCACCAGCUUCAAAUUGGAAAGAAAUGAGCACUCAAGUGCGCCUGGGACUGGGCCUGGGCCUGGGCCUGCUCCUACCUCCAGUGCCCCAUUGAGCGAAAGCGGAGAGAGGACGGAACAGGUAGCAACAGCCACAGAUCUCACCCCUAGUCGGAGCCGGAAGCGGAGUCGCGUGUGGGCGACAUACCCGGCGGCGGAGACGAACAAACGGAGCGCCUUCCAAGGCGCCCGCACGGCCCAGAGCCCCAAGGAAGCUUCACCCCAGCCAACUCCACACUCUACAGAUACAGCAUCAUCAAAGAACAUCUCGGGAAGAAUUCCGGAGAGGGUUUCCGUUGUCCGUGCAGCAGGAACUUUCUACCCGGAGAAUGCCUGCACCGCUCACCAGCCCGAAGUGGCGGAUAGGAUUGAUCGCCAGAAGAGGAGCAGCAGCAGCAGCCCGCAGGCAACAGACUUGGAGGUGGACCAGCCCGAAGAUCUGAGCAUGCGCAUGCGUCCAAGCCAGCCCGAGGCCACUGCCGGUGGAGCAGCGCCAGCGCUGGGAGAUCAGCCGGCGGGGUCGGGGCCGGGAUCGGGUCUGAAUCUGAAUCUGCUGCAGUUCAAACAGCUGAUCGACCUGUACCAGAGGCAGGUGCUCCUGCCCAGCUUCCUGGCCGCGGCCAGCCAGCCGAUGCCGGCUCUGGACAUGCGCCUGCUGCUCGAAAGCGCCGCCCAACAGAAGCUGAUGCUCAUCAAUGCGGCCGCUGCCAGUGCGGCGGCGGCGGUGGCAGCCACGGCGGGAGCAGAGCAUCCUACGCUGGGAAUGAGCUCUCCGGCGACGACAACGGUGACAGUGACGCCUCGGCCGCCCACGAAGCGGGCGCGAGAUCACGACAUUCCCAGCGGAUACCUGAAGUUCCGGUUCAACGAGGACUGCGGCUUCGAUCGGUGCGGCUACAGGAACCACCAGUCGCACUUCCACUGCAACCGGCGCGACUGCCACUACAGCUUCUGCGACAAGACCCGCUUCGUGCAGCACACGGCGCGGCACGAUCGCAUGGACACGCUGAUGGGCGACGAUUUCCAGCAGUUCCGGGCCAACAUGCGGUGCGGCGUGGCCAGCUGUUGCUAUGCCUCCGGCUGUCCCGAAGAGACUCCCGCUUCCCGGCAGCGCAGAGAGUCCCCAGGAGCUGGAGGCGCUGCCCUAAAGAAGACUUCGCACUUCCACUGCCGCAAGUGCGACUACGUCUGCACGGACUCCAACAAGGUGGUGGCCCACCGACGUCUGCACCUGCGCCUGGACUAUGUCCGCUCCGCGGGCUUCCGCAAGGUUACCAGCAACGAGUCCUGCAACUCCCCGGCCUGUUCCUACGCGCUGCGUCACACCCACUACCACUGCGUCACCUGCAACUGCAGCGUCCUCUCCCGGGCACAGCUCGCCUCCCACAAGCACAGGCCUGCGGGCAGCGGCAGCGGCAGCGGCAGCGCCCUGCCCAAGUCGGAGGGAGCUUCCGCCGCGGACCCAGAGACCCAUCCCUAG